AUUCUACAUAUUUAUGUCCAUGUAAAUAAUAAUUAAUUAUUAAUCUGUCACAGUUUGUAUUUAUUUAUUCAUUACUUAAAAACCGAUAAUAUGUCACAAGAAGAAAACGACAAAAUUUUGGCACUCUAUUAUUCAGCAAUAGAUUGUUAUGAAGAGGUGGAAGUUCUUUUUGGCUCUGAAAACUUGGAUUAUAAAAACGUAAAUGCGGGAUUACAACGUUGUUGCAAAAGCAUAGAGAAUAUAAUUUUUAGCGAAAAUAAUAAAUGUUCCUUCCUGGUACCCCUAUUUCUGUUAAAGGAACAUAUUGUUGUGUUACUUGCCUUUGUAGAGAAUGAAAGACCAGUAAUAUAUACCACUAUUAAAACAAACAAACCGUAUGAAUUACAAUCGACUAAUAUUCAAGAUACAGAAAAGAAGACACUGUUAGGAGUUAUUAAAUCUGUAAUCGAAACACCUAGAAUCAAAGGGCUCGAUGAGGUGGCAGGUCUUUGGGAAGUGAAGAAAUUGUUAAAAAAUCUUGUAAUUUUACCAAAAACUCAACCUCAACUAUUUGAAAAUAGAAAAUGCUUUAACAGCAUAUUACUGUUCGGUCCACCUGGAACAGGUAAAACGCACCUUGUGCAUGCAUUAGCUCAUGACGCUGGAGCCUUGUUAUUUUGUGUCACUGUAGGAAAUAUGUUAUCACCUCUCGUUGGUCAGUCAGAAAAGCAAAUUAAAUUUUUAUUUGAUUAUAUCCAAAGCCAGAAUAAAUUUUCGCUAUUGUUCAUAGAUGAGGUAGAUGGAUUUUGUAGAAAACGAGCGAAUGCUGAGCAAGAAUUUUCACGAAGGAUCAAAACGGAACUACUAUGUCAAAUGGGUAAAAUAGAAUCAAAUUCCAAUGUGUUCUUAAUAUCGGCUACCAAUUGUCCGUGGGAUAUCGAUCCUGCGUUUUUACGAAGAUUUCAAAAACGUAUGUACAUUCCCUUACCUGAUCAUUUAGAAAGGCGAGAUUUAUUUAGAAUGUUUACAAGUGGUACACCUCUUGAAAAGUCAGUUAAUAUGUGGGCACAUUUGAUUCACAAAACAGAAGGUUUCUCUGGAUCUGACAUAUCAGACCUAGUACAGCAGGCCCUAAAUUUGCCAAUUCUGGAAUUAGAAGAUAAAAAAAUUUGGAAACCUUCAUCUGACGGCUUGUAUGAACCCAUUGAAUCACAUGAUUUCGAUUUAGAAGAUAUAAUUUGUAGCGAACUCUAUGAUUUACCACCUUGUUCUGUAAGAGCUAGAAGUGCUCAACCCGCUGACUUGGAGAACGCUUUUGACAGUAUCAAUGUAACCGUAAAAAAAAAUGAUAUUGCAAAAUAUGUAGAGUUCACCAACCGUUAAAAUGUAAAGCGAUUAGUGAUAAAAAACAAUAGUUCGUUUUAUAGUAAAUUAAGUUCAAAGUGGUGGGGAAUAAUAAAUAAGCAAAAUAUAUGUAUGAAUUUAAUUGUGAUAAAGUAUUAUAUACAUAAUAUUAAAUUCAUAUUUCAGGAAUGAAAAAUUGCAAACAUCACACAGCCAACUGAAAAUCUUAUAAGCUUAAGUAUAAAUUAUUAGUACCGAAACAAGUUUUUUUUCCAAAAUAAAAUUUUUCAUUUUUUAAUUAUGAAGUUCCAUUUUAAAUAGAUUAUUUUAAAAUGUCAGAUAGGAAUUGACGAUCAACAUUAGUUUUAGGACGUAAUAAAUUCACCAUCAACUUUUAUUAGGUAGUGUUAUUAAAAGUUGGGUACAUCAUUUUUUCAUUACAAAGAUUUACUUUUAUUCUCGUUUGGUUUUUGGGAUCUUAACACUUGAAGUUUAAAUACAACCGAAUAUCUUAUACAAAGGGUUCUAAAUGAGCAAAAGUAUUGACAUGAGUCUAUAUAACUAGAAUCAAAGUGUCAAAAGAUCUGAACAAAGUGCCGAAUAUUUUAUAAACGGAAUUUUUUGAGAUUGCAUGACGCGUUUAUGUCUUAUCCUUCUUCUUCUUUAGGUUCCAUCAUGGCAAUGCGGAUCCUGUUGACUGCCGCUCUAAGCAUUCGAACCAUUUCCUUAAGUUCUUAAGCCAGGAUAUUCUUCCACAUUAUCCACCAUUUCGCUUUUCUCGAAUUUUGCCUUACAUAAUAAGUUGUAAUAAUGAGUAUUUUUGCCCUCUCAUCUACAUGUCUUAAGUACUCAAAUCUUCGUCUUUUGAUAGUUAAUAUUAUUUCCGCUUUAUUUCCUAUCCUUCUAGUUACUUCCACGUUUGACAUUCUUUGAAUCAAUGAUAUUCGUAGGAUUCUUCUGUAACACCAAAAUUCAAAGGCGGUCAACUUAUUCAGAUGGACUUGUUUUAAUGUCCACGCUUCCAAGCCAUAAAAAAGAGUAGAGAACACGUAACACCGAAGCAUUCUUGGACGUAGUUCUAACCUUAUAUCCCAACAACAAAGUAACUUUUUUAAGUUUAAUGAAUGAUGCACGUGCUAUUUCAAUACUAGUCUUAAUUUCUUUGGUUUGGUCUAUAUUUGAUGUUAUCCAUGUUCCCAAGUAUUUGUAGUUAUACAAACUCUUAAUUACAGUAUCUUCAAUAGUCAUUGGAUGUUUGCGUGUGCUGAUUUAGUCAUCAUCAUGCAUUUAGUCUUAUCCAUAACCCCCUUAUUACUCUCUCAUGGCUACUGGAGAUAACCUAUAUAAAUAUCUAUCAACAUAGACUUCAAUGGAGUAAAAACAAGGUGCAAAAAGGAAGGAAAGGCCAUGUAAUCACAGAAAAGACAUCACUAAAGAAGGAAGCAAAUGGAAACACAAUCAUAAUAAUGUACAUAUUUAAAAAUGUUUUAAAGGUACCACACAAAUAAGACUGAAAACGACUGAAAAGACUGAAAGACGAGAAAACUGGAAUAUCUAGGCCACAUAAUGAGAGGUGAAAAGUACACCCUGCUAAGGCUCAUAAUCCAAGGAAAAAUCUCGGGAAAGAGAAAUGUGGGACGUAGAAGUAUUUCCUAGUUGCGAAAUUUAAGGGAGUGCUACGGGUGCAGUUCAAUACAAUUGUUCAGAGCUGCAGCCAACACAGUUAAAAUUGCUGUGAUGGUAGCCAACCUCCGAUAGGAGACGGUACUGCCAGAAGAAGAAGUUAUUUCAUGUAAUGGGGAAAUGUAUAGAAAUGCUUGCAGUAGAAUUAUAAUGGACUGAAGUGGAAGAAAGCCCGUAAUGUGUUGUGUGGUAGAAAGAUUCCAAUGAAACUGAGGGGAAAAUUCUAUAAAACCGCAAUAAGAUCAGCUUAGAAUCAUGUAAGACUGAAUGCUGGACAGGCACAUUAAAUGUUAGAAACACAGGAUGUUUCCUUUAAUUUGUCAUUAUCUUAGCCCAAUAAAGAUUUUUCUUCGUCCCGCUUCACUGGAUGAAUUGUUCAGUUGCUAUCGUUUCUUUUCUGAGAACUUUUGAUCAGCAUGACCAAAACUACCUACCUGCACAGUUUCAGCAAUUUACCUGAAACCACUUUUACAAAAAAAAAAAGUGCCGGGGUCUUUUAAGGUACUAGUACACUUUAGAAGACCAAAAAUAAUCAUUUUUUCAAGAAAUUUUUUCUCAGAACCUUAAUGAACAUAAAACUUUUUACAUAUUACUAUAUAACUCUUAGAGAUUAUAAAAAAAAAUCUUUUUUCAUUUAUGCACGUACACUAAUAUUGUAGAGGGCGCAAAACUCAAGGCCUCGAAAAAUGAUGGAGGACAGUUAAUCUCAGGAUUGGGAUAUCUGAAACAAAAAAAUCGUACUGCAUUUGAAAAAUGACUGUUUUUUACGUGACAAUUUACCACAAUUUGACCAAAAAAUAAAAAAUAAAUAUUUUUAACGAUGAAAAACUAAAGAAAAACAAGCGAUUUUUUCACAAAAUUUUUUCAAAUUUCCGUAAAAUCUUUUUUUUGCGGAAUUUUUUACUAACGGUGGUAAAUUAUCACGUAAAGAACCUUCCUUUUUUAAAUGACGUAAGAUUUUCUUUUUUCGGAGAUCCCAAUCCUGAGAUUAACUGUCUGCCAUCGGAACUAUUUUUUUGCAUCCCCUACAAUAUUAGUGUACGCGCAUAAAGAUAUAUUUUUUGUAUUCUCUAAGAGUUAAGUAUUAACAUGUAAAAAGUUUUAUGUUCAUUAUUAAUAAAGGUUCUGAGAAAAAAAUCUUGAAAAAAUGCUUAUUUCUGGUCUUAUAAAGUGUAUUAGUACCUUAAGCUAAAUUGUGCAAAUUUAAUUUUGUAUAGUUAGAUAGUCAAAAAUAAUUAUUAGUACAGAGCACUACCUUAUGAAAACAAUUCAAUGGAAGACUAACUGCUUUUAGACCAAAAAAGAAAACAAAAAAAAACUUUGCACUUAUACAUAAAAUUUAAGGGGAAGGCGCAAAAUCUUCGUCCAAUGCUUUUUAUAAAUGCAUUCGUUUUUUUCCAAUCCUGAGAAAACUAAUAAAUAUUUUUGAAAAAAUUAAACGCAGAAUAAAAGAUUAACCAGGGCCGAAAGUCCCUUAGAAUAAACAAAAAGUUUCUUUUGAAUGAAAUAUUUGAAAUUAAAAAUCACACCAAAUUUUCUUUCUUUUUUCACUCCUGUAACUUAUUAAAAUAAA